GGGGGCCGCCCCGCGGGGUCUCCGCGCCGCGUGGUGGUGCAGGCGUCCACCGGCGAGCUGCUGCGCUGCUUGGGGGACUUCGUGUGCCGCCGCUGCUACCGCCUGAAGGAGCUGAGCCCCGGCGAACUCAUCUCGUGGUUUCGCAGCGUGGACCGCUCGCUGCUGCUGCAGGGCUGGCAGGACCAGGGCUUCAUCACCCCGGCCAACCUGGUGUUCGUCUACCUGCUGUGCCGGGAAGCGCUGCGGGGCGAAGACAUCGGGAGCCAGGCCGAGCUGCAGGCCGCCUUCCUCACCUGCCUCUAUCUCGCCUACUCCUACAUGGGCAACGAGAUCUCCUACCCGCUCAAGCCCUUCCUGGUGGAGGGAGACAAGGGGCGCUUCUGGGAGCGCUGCCUGGGCAUCAUCCAGCGCCUCAGCGCCAAGAUGCUGCGAAUCAACGCGGACCCGCACUACUUCACGCAACUCUUCCAGGACCUCAAGAGCGAGGGCGAGGGCGGAGACGGGUCCAAGCACUGGACGAUCAGCCUGGACCGCUAGGGAGGUACCAGGCCCCCGGCGCCGGGGGCGGAAGGGGCCGCGCACCGAGGGGCGAGGGAGGCGAAGGACUGUCGGAUUCCCCCCCCCUGCCCCCCCAUCCUCCUCGCCUUCCUCCUUCCCCAGCCAUCGGUUCCACGGAGACGCUGCUUGGACCCUCCCUGCUCCGGAUCCGACUGCCCUCCUUCCCCGCCUCCGACCCCAGCCGGGGGCUGCGCUCCGGGGCACCGAGGCGGCGGUGAAGACCGGGGAGGGGGAGUGCUGUCCCUCCCACCUUCGCGAAGCGGGGGAGGGGGAGGCUGCGGAGGAGCGGAGGCUCCUGGAUGCGUUUUCUCUAGAAAAAAGGGGUGAAAAAAGGGAUGUGGGGGCCCGGGGGGG